UGUAUGUCUACAGCUUCACUGAGCUCAGCUUUUAAAACAUCUCCAGACAGAAUGCAGGCUUGUGAACUCGCUGCACUGAUAUUGCUGACUGUAGUGAGCUGCUCCAGACAGUAUGAAGAGGGUCAUCCUCAGGCUGUCCUGACCCUUCAGCCUGCCUGGGCACAGAUAUUCACAGGAGAGACAGUCACCCUGAGCUGUGAGGUGGAGGGGGGCUCUGCUGACUGGAGGUUUAAACAGUACAGAGAUGGACGUGAAGAGGCAGGGUGCAGUGAUCAAUACAGGAGUAGAUAUGGGGACAGCUGCACAAUCAGUACUGCUCAGUAUUACCACAGUGGGGAGUACUGGUGUGAGUCUGCAUCAGGACAGGAGCGCAGUAAUGCUGUCACCUUAACUAUGUCCAAUGGACAAGUGAUCCUACAGACUCCCCCCCAGCCUGUGUUUGAGGGAGACUCUCUGACUCUGAGGUGUUGUAUCCGCAGAGGUUAUAAAGCUACCAGGGUUGUCUUUUAUAAGGAUAAUGAAGAGUUACAGUUCCAGGCUGACACAGAGCUGAGUGUGGAUCAUGUUUCAGAGAGUGACGAGGGGUCCUACAAGUGCACAGCGUGGUGGUGGUACAAGGAGCGCUACAAAUGGGUUGAAUCUUGGAGUCACUCUGCAGAGGUGCGGGUGUCAGUGAGAGAACGACCCCAGGCUGUCCUGACCCGGGAGCCUGCAUGGACACAGAUAUACUUAUCAGAAAGAGUGACACUGAGAUGUCAGGUUCAGGGGGGUUACACUGACUGGAGAUUCACAUGGUACAAAGCUGGGAGGACUGCUCCAGUAACACAGGAUUACUACAGCAGGAUAGAUGGUGACAGAUACACAAUUAGCUCUGCUACUAGAGACCACAGUGGGGAAUAUACCUGUAAAGGUGAAAGGAGAGGUAACCCAUCGUACUCUAAAACAAGCGAUGCUCUUACACUGAGAGUAUCAGUGGACACUCCAAAGCCUGUCCUGACCCGGGAGCCUGCAGGAGAGAUAUUUGAAGGAGACACGGUCACCCUGAGCUGUGUGGUUGAGGGGGGCUCUGGUGGCUGGAGAUAUCUCUGGUACAAAGACAGGCAGGGAGCUCCAGUGUACCAGACUAACAGCAGCAGUGGAACUGGAGCCGGAUACACAAUCAGUGCUGCUGCUCUGUCCCACAGUGGAGAGUACUGGUGUGGAUCUGGACGGGGCAGGAACACGUCUUACUCACAAUACAGCCAUCCCAUCUGGGUAAAUGUAACAUCUCUGUUCUCCAGGGUGACUCUGACAGCAUCUCCAGGAGCCACAGUGAAGGAGGGAGAGGCUCUUAACCUGACCUGUGAGGCAGCAGUGAACAAAACCCCCCACCCUCAACUCCACUACACCAUUGUGAGAGACGGGGAGCCUGUGACUAACAGCACUGACUCUGCACUGUACAGCAUAGCCAGCACUGAGAAGAGCCACACUGGGAGCUACACGUGUGCUGUUGAGUCACAGGGAGUGAAGAAGAGCAGCCAGGAGCUACACAUUGAAGUGCAAACGUCCUGGCACAGCGCUGCUGCUGCUGCUGGCUUCAGUGUCGGCUUCUUUGUGAUUCUUCUCAUUGUGUUCACUCUGCUUCUCCUCUAUCACAAGAUCAGAGGUUUCCCGUGUAUCACCGGUGGUAAGAGGCGGGAACGCUCGGAUCAGAACCAGGACCAAGCAGCAGGGGGAGUAGAGCUCUCCAGCCAAACACAGCAACCUGAUUCUGAAGACAUCGUUUACAGUGUGAUUGACACCAGCAAACACAACAAUAAAAAGAAAGCAAAACCUGCAGAGACUGACACUGUGUACUCAGCUGUGAAAAUAAGUGCAGGCAAACCCACAGCAGAUAAUGCAGAGUCCAUGUAUGCCACAGUCCUCCCAAAGAAGAAAAGGAAGUAAAUGAAGGGGGUCCCCAGGAGUGAGAGCCAGCCUGAAUCCAGAGACACUGAGAAGGGGAGCGUGUCAAACUGAAGGAGACAGACCCAUUCUUUCAGAAUGAACUGGAGAGCCCUCGGAUUCAGCUCCACUCCUGCCCCUGAAUUGGAAAUGAAUCUCACUCAUCAUGCUUUGAGGAUUUAGGACAGUUACAGGGUCAUUCUACUUAGAAGGGACACAUUGGAAAUAUAUACCAAGCUUUUUCACUGAACACUUGUAUGUGUGAUAUGAACCCACCACAUUAAACAAAGCUGUCAGUAACAUAUAUGAUAUUUUUAAAUGUAAUUUGAGCUGUAAAUGUAUUGCUGUGCCAGUGUCAGUGAGUACAGUAUAUGAUAAAGAAAUUCAUUGUUUAAAAUAGUUUGAGUUCCUGUACAUUUUCCAGUAUCUCUGUAUAUAAAGGGUGUGUAAGAAAUUCCUAGUUGUAAUUGAAUGUUCUUUGUAAAAUGACAUUUCAAAUCUUAAACUGAGACUUCAGAUGCUGGGAUGUUAAUUAAGUUUGUUUUCCCCCUUCCUUUCUCUUUAACAUUCUCUAGAUCUACUUCAAAGGACUAGAUAUUAGUAACAGCUAUCUAUAUUCAUACAGAUUCUAUAUCUUUUUUAUUGUAUUAUAUAUAGUACAAUAAAAAAACACUGCACCUCAUUAGAUAGAUGACUUUCUCCCAUGAAAUUAAUUGUACCAUGAAACAUUUAAGUGAAGUUGCAUAACAGAUAUGCAAUCAUUACCAAACUUUACUGCUGCUUUGUGGAAUUGUGAUUUUUCUUGGUGUUCUUUGAGUUUUGUAACUUUUUAAAGGACAUGGGUAGAACCGUUCUAGUUUCUCUGCAUUUUUCCCUGUUCUGCCAAAAAGCACACAGUAUUUGCAAUAGACUCCCAUCAUCAACUGCUGAAUAAAGCAACAAAGUUUACUGUAUGAACCAAGUUUACUGUAUGAACCAAGUAUACUGUAUGAACCAAGUAUACUGUAUGAACCAAGUAUACUGUAUGAACCAAGUAUACUGUAUGAACCAUUCCCUUCUGAAUGACCUCACUUUGUUAUUGGAUGUUUUCUGCUUUGGGAAUUUAUAUUUCUCAUUAGGCUGCCAUAUCUGCAUAAAAAGCUCAUAUCUCUUUG